AAUCCAAUAUAUCUGGAGCGGACAGUAGACUCUAGAGGCUGGACUAUUAUGGUUGCGGUAAAACCAGUCUCCACUUUGAAAACAGCACAUAUUACACCACUCCCACUUGAAAACCUGAAAGGGUCAUUUAUGGUGGCUUGAUAAAGCCACCAUAGUCAUUCCUGGUUUUCUAAAUUGCAUUCAUACAGGUUUGAAUUAAGGAUGUGUCUAUAGCUCAUUUAUUCAAAGUUAUUUGAUAAUCUAGUGUACAAUUUAAGCAGAAGUACAGCUGGUGAACAAAUAUUUCUUGAUAGGGAGACAGACUCGAUCUUGAGGAUGUGCUGAAACCAGUCUGUAAAAACCCAUUUAUUGGCCACAUCACCAAUAAAUGGGUAUAAUAGUCCGGAAAUUAUACCAAGUCUUUUGCCACUUGGUCUGUAGUUCUUUUAUGCCUCGUUCUGUCCCUGCCAUUCCAACAUGUAACUCACUGAAUCGUCUUUGCUUGAUCCAACACUGACAAAAUGCCGUAUUUCUCCAUUACUUCUCUGGGAAUUGGUUUGGGGAUGGGGUACUGUCAUGAUCCUUGGCUUUGGCUUUUGGUUUACAUUUUAUGAAUCAGUCCUAAGAAGACCACAGACUUCUGCUUUCAGAAGCCUGGGUAAUUUUUCUGCUUCUGCACUGAAUCAGAAUCAGGUCACCUUUCUGCCAAUCUAUUGCACCAUGAUGACUCAGUGCUGGGAGGGGCACAGCUGCAAGGUUCGUGCUCAUUCAGAAGCGCUUCACCUAGAGGGUCUCAUAAAACAGGAUGAAAAUGUUUGUUGUAGCUGGGAUUCUCCUUUACGGUAAAAUCUCUGAAUGUUCUUCUAAAGGGUGCGGUGUUCUCGGUGCUGUCUUGUUUAAUGUUCCAUGAUCUCUUUUAGAGAGGUGAAUGUUCCUGGUGUCUCAGACGUUUUACCAGGUCUGGACUUAGACGUUAUCCAGCUAUGUUCUCCACAAAUCCUGAAACAAAGACAAAAAUUGAAUUUACCUCCAUAACCAGGAGAAGUGGAACAAACCAGCCUUUCUUUGUUGGUCUGACCUGUUUCAGCUUGUUACCUAUUCCAGUGUAUUUAAUCACUCUGUGUUGCUGGUUCACCGUGUAGUGAGGACCGGAGCACCAAAUAAAGCUUCAAUUUAUAGUAGGAACAUUACAGCAAACUUAGUCAUACAGAAAGUUUUUAGAAUAUUGACAUUCUCUUUAUAUUGACUCGAUAUAAUGUGAACAAAGCUAACUCAGCCGAACCUGCCCUUGUCGUUAGACACAGACCUGUUCAGACUUGUUGCCAUAGCAACUCACUUCCUUUUCUAGGGAUUUCCCUAAAAGUUAACCACUUGAUGACGCUACAUGGUGGCAUAACCGGUCUACCAUGAUGAUGUCCAACGUCUCUUCGCUCGCUUCCAGCUACAGGCUGUAACCUGUUACGCUGUGACAGUGUAAAUGAUUUUAAGCCAGCAAUACCAGCCAAUGUUAGUUCACACUCAUCCAAUUCACAGUGUGUUUCAAGAGUUCAAAAUCCUGCCAGAACCUUGCAGGUUUUCAAAUAGCGCCUGGUUAUAUUUUAUUCACAAUUAUGGUUCUUUAGGAUGCAUGUCUUUUAUGACUGGAGGUCUACCUAACACAAGCAUGAAACGGGUAACAACUGAUGAAUCUUCGCAUGAAUAGACGUAGACCAAAUAGACACCCAUUCAACUUUCUGAUCCAGCCGAUCAGAAAGUUUGACUCUUGUGCUACGUCAGUUCCAUUUCACCUCGGUCUUAUACUCUACUUUGUUCGUUUGUUGUAUGCUUGCCACUUGCAAGUAUACAACAAAUGCAGAAAAUGCGAUGUAAAGAGAGGAAACAGAACUCCUGCAUAAAGACUUCAAAAUAAGAGCAGGGAAAUAAACUUCUAGGUGAAGAAGUGUUAAUAGUUUUCAACUUAUUACAUACAUUUUAAUAAGUAUUAAAGUUAUUAAAAUCUAUUAUCAAGUUGAAGUCGAAACUUCAACAUGAGCAAAUUUGGUUAUCAAGCUGACGUUGAACUUUGUACUUAAUUCUGAAAAUUUGGAAAGCAGACAAGUGAAUUAGCGUUUUAGAAUUUAUCCAGAACAGUCGAUCAAGGGGAAGCUAAGUGUGCUAAAUGUCAGCUAAAAGUUAGCAAAAACACUAAACCACUGAAUGAAAAAUUAGUUAUUAGCGGCAAUUAGCAGCCAUUAGCGGAAGAAUGCUCACUACUGCCCUGCGACAGACUGGCGACCUGUCCAGGGUGACCCGGCCUCUCGCCCGAAACGUUCCCUGGAGAUAGACACCAGCACCUCUCCUGACCCCACAAAGGACAAGGGUGUUAGAAAAUGGAUGGCUGGAUGCUCAUUACUUUUCCCAGCAUGCUUUGGGUGUGGAGGUGUUCGACGGCAUGGAGUCGGUCCAGCUGCCCUGCCAGGUCAACGUCUCUGUUUCCAUGGAGUCCACGGUUGUGUGGAGCCGUGAGGACCUUAGGUUUUCUACUGUUCACAUCCAUCAGCAGAGCGGCGAUGAUCUGUCUGAGCAGAACCCGCGUUACAGCAAUAGAACGAUGAUGAGCAAGGAUGCUCUGCAGACCGGAGACCUCAGUCUGACUCUGAAGAACCCUACUGUCUCUGACAGUGAGACAUACACCUGCACUGUCCGCAGGUUCGGACGGGAAUUGAGCCGUAUCCACGUACAUCUCCAAGUAAAGGAACGUCCUCAUCCGACAUGGUUGAUAUCUAUGUCAGUGGUGCUGAUUCUAUUUUUCGUCCUGGCUGCUGUCUUUGGUUUGGUCUUCUAUAGGAGAUACAAGAGGAUAAAACAUAAUCCAGUCUACAAGCUGCAAGUGGUGAAGACUGCAGAGGGUGCGGAAGCUGUUGUCCUGCCCUUUAAAACCAAAGUUCAUCUUCCUCCCACGGCAACAGUAGAGUGGAGACGUAUAGACACGGACCAGGUGGUCCACCUGUAUCCAAGCACCCUGCACUGGCCUGAGAUGGUUAGCGGUCUUACACAGAUGGAAGACAACCCAUUUAGAACCGGAGAUCUCAGUCUGACUUUGUACAGCCCCAACCAUUGUGACAAUGGUCUCUAUGUCUGCACCGUCCAAAAGGGUGGACACAACCUGAAGCAGAAGGUUGUGUCUCUCUUUGUUGAAGAACAUCUGGUCUGGUCUGACACGAACUUCGACCAAACCGACCACAUGCCUGAGAGGAGCAGCCUGAGACAGAGUCUGAAGAGCAGCCUUGGAGGACGAUUUUACUACAAUCAACCUGAUCUAUCUGCUUACUCUUUGACUUACGACAGAGAUGGAUCUCAGCUUAAUAGAUCACAGAUGGAUCUGGAGAUGACUCCAGACGUCUCCAGAAGUCUGCCAAUUUUCCAGGAACUGUCUAGAUUAUCAGUGGGGUCAGCCAGCGAACUGUCUUUCUCUAGUUUUCCGCGUAUGUAAUGUUUCUGCAGAGAGGAGGAUCAAAUGGUUGGACAGACCUCCACAUGUGGACAUGUCCGUGAGGCUGGACAUCUCCACUUGUCCCAGUAUUCAAGUUCUGCAGAACCCAGUCGGCUUUUUAAAACACCUUCAAGUCAAGUAUAUGUGUAGCCUUCACUAAUCAUGACUCUUCCUCCUCCAUGCUUCCCUUUGGUUGUACGUCAGCUCUUUUUUUAUGAAAAUGUUUUGUUGUUGCUGGUGUUUUUUAUAUAAAGUAUUUUCUUCCAGUAAAGUUUCUGAUAAAUUUGAAUUGGUGCCAUUAAAAAGGUCGAAGCUC